ACGAGAAACGCUUUUAGCGCUGAAGCGCUGCGGUCGGGAUUUAAUGAGGAGGUGCAGUGCCAGUUUUACGAUGGAAGGUGUGGGCACAGCAGUAUCCCUGUCAACCUCAUCCCUUUAAAGAUGUCUGGAAACCUAAACAAUACAAAUUGGACUAAUCUUGAGCCAAAUAGUUUGACCUUCACUCUGGGUUCAUCCUACAUCCUGGCCAUCAGUGUGCUUGGAAUCAUCUUUAAUGCGUUUGUGCUGAUGGUUUUCCGCUUCCACGAGAAGGCCUGCACAGUGGCUGAGAUCUACUUGAGCAACUUGUCUGGAGCUGACUUUGUUAUGGUGUGCUGUUUGCCCUUCUGGGCUGACUAUGUAGGAAAGGGCUUUAAUUGGGCUUUCAGUGAAAGCCUGUGCAAAGUGGUAACUGCCAUCAUAAAAAUGAAUACAUUCUGCAGCAUCUACUUCCUUGUUCUGGUUAGCAUAGAUCGUUAUGUGGCACUGGUGCACCCGCUUUCCCAUGAAAGUAUACGCCGGCCAUUUUAUGCCAAACUGGCAUGUGCAGUUGUAUGGGUUCUUGGCUUGGUCUUUGCUCUCCCUGCAUUCAUCUACAGGAAAUUACUUGAUUUUAAAUGCACCCUUGACUUUGAUAAAGAUCAAUAUCUAGUGUAUGAGUUGACAACCAUAAUCUUCAGCUUCAUAAUCCCUUUUUUCAUUAUUUUCCUCUGCACUCUUAAGAUUAUUCAAGCACUGAGAAACAGGCCAAAGGGGCAUGGAACAGAGAGGAAGGCCACCACUCUCAUCCUGGUAGUUCUCCUGGCAUUCCUGAUCUGCUGGGGGCCAUUUCAGCUGAGCAGGAUACUAGAUCUAUUUGAAAGACUUCAGAUUCUCAAACAUGGGAUUUUGGGCAAUCACAAAAUAUUAGUCUGCAAACAAAUUACUGUAUACUUAGCCUUCUUCAACAGUGUCCUUAACCCCAUUCUCUACGUCGCCAUUGGGAAGAACUUCCAGAAAAAAGCAAAGGAACUCUUCAUGUCUAGGAAAUAUAAGAAAACAAGAAGAUCAAGCAUACGCUUCUCACGUACACGCCUCACAAGUGUUGAAUCCAUGAGAAGGUCAGUAAAAUGA